AUAUAUAGCUGUUGUGCAGACAUAUAUAUAGCUUAUAAAUUGUUUACACAACAGAACCAAGUGUUCCUGGCCAUGGCUGCAUCUUUUUCUGUCCCUUCAAUGAUUCUGGAGGAAGAAGGGAGGUUUGAAGCAGAGGUUGCAGAGGUGCAAGCCUGGUGGAACUCCGAGAGGUUCAAGCUCAUCCGCCGGCCAUAUUCAGCCGGAGAUGUGGUGGCUCUCCGCGGCAACCUCCGGCAAAGCUAUGCCUCCAAUGAGCUAGCUAAGAAGCUAUGGAGGACUCUCAAGACACACCAAGCCAAUGGCACUGCCUCUAGGACCUUUGGUGCUCUAGACCCUGUCCAAGUCACCAUGAUGGCCAAGCACUUGGACACCAUCUAUGUCUCCGGCUGGCAGUGCUCUUCCACCCACACCACCACUAACGAGCCCGGCCCUGACCUCGCCGACUACCCUUAUGACACCGUCCCAAACAAGGUCCAGCAACUCUUCUUCGCGCAGCAGUACCAUGACAGGAAGCAGAGGGAGGAUCGGAUGAACAUGGGUCGAGAAGAGAGGGCUCGAACCCCUUAUGUCGACUACUUGAAGCCCAUCAUUGCUGAUGGUGACUCUGGCUUUGGCGGUGCCACUGCCACGGUCAAGCUCUGCAAGCUGUUUGUGGAGCGCGGGGCUGCUGGAGUCCACAUCGAGGACCAGUCCUCCAUGACCAAGAAAUGUGGCCACAUGGCCGGGAAAGUCCUUGUCGCGGUCAGUGAACACAUCAAUAGGCUGGUGGCUGCUAGGCUGCAGUUUGAUAUCAUGGGGGUUGAGACAGUCCUGGUGGCUAGAACUGAUGCAGUUGCUGCCACUUUGAUCCAAACCAAUGUUGACACCAGGGAUCACCAAUUCAUUUUAGGCUGCACUAAUCCAAGCCUCAGGGGCAAGAGUUUAGCCACCAUUCUUAGUGAAGCAAUGGCCGGUGGCAAUGCAGGGGCCGAGCUUCAAGCCAUUGAGGAUGGUUGGUUGUCAACAGCGCGGCUGAAAACAUUUUCAGACUGCGUUGUUGAUGCCAUCAAGAACUUGAACAUUAGCCAGGCUGAGAAGAGGCAGCGACUGAGCGAGUGGACGACUCUUUCAAGCUUCGACAAGUGUCUAUCCAAUGAGCAGGGCAGGGAGAUUGCUGAGAGACUAGGGGUUCACAAUCUCUUCUGGGACUGGGAUUUGCCGAGGACAAGAGAAGGGUUCUACAGGUUCAGAGGCUCAGUAGAGGCGGCCAUUGUUCGGGGCUGGGCUUUUACUCCCCAUGCCGACCUUAUCUGGAUGGAGACUUCAAGCGCUGACUUGGUUGAGUGCACCAAAUUUGCACAAGGGGUGAAGUCAAUGCAGCCCGACAUCAUGUUGGCUUAUAACCUGUCUCCAUCCUUCAACUGGGAUGCAUCACAGAUGAACGAUGAACAGAUGAGGGAUUUCAUCCCCAAGAUUGCCAAACUAGGCUACUGCUGGCAGUUCAUUACCCUGGCUGGCUUCCAUGCCGAUGCCCUCAUCACAGACACGUUCGCUAAGGACUUUGCAAGGAGGGGAAUGCUGGCUUAUGUGGAGAAAAUUCAAAGAGAGGAGAAGAAGCAUGGAGUUGACACACUUGCCCACCAGAAAUGGUCCGGUGCCAAUUACUAUGACAGGGUCCUUAGAACUGUCCAGGGAGGCAUCACCUCCACUGCAGCCAUGGGAAAAGGAGCCUCUUUUGACUGGGGGGCGGGGGACAUCUCAUAACAAUAAAAAUCUACUUUGGAGCAGUCUAAUAAUUAACAAGGAAGAUGUCGUUUGAUAUUCUUUCAAGAAACACUAACCUUUCAGGUUAUCAUAAACCUUUAAGAUGACACUUGCUUAGACUUGCCAAGGCUGCUGGAUUUACUCGAGUAAGAAAGAAGAUGACAAGUGAAUGCAAUCACACUUGCAAAUAGCACCAAUCCAGGUAUGAACAUCUUUUUUGUGUUUGAAUGAAUGAAUGAAUGAAUCUUCAUAAGCAAAGAUUUAUCCCACCUUCAAAUCAACUUUCCUGUAAUCAUCUGGCAGACUCAUGGUUGUCGAAUCAAAUAUGCAUGAUGUGAAACGGCUGAGAAUGUACUUCGGCUGUUUUAAGACAAUGAAAAAAAUAGCUCUGGAACUGAAAAUAUUGAGUUUGCAUCGCGAUCGAGCAACAAAAACACCAAUUGUGAAGAAAUGAAAGUCACUCCCGUCUUUCCCUCCUCUGCCGGUCACUUCUUCCACGGUUUCAGAACAGAUAGUACGAUAACGAGUGCAAUAAGCAGGAGCAAGGUAAUGGCGAUCAUCAUGCAUUUUCUUGAUCUCUUUUGCAAGCUCUUGGCCGUCUGGAGGGCGUCUGUGCCCAUGUGCACGUGUUCCACUGCGUUUGUUACCUGUAAAAGAAGCCAAGAGCAGGUACUGGUUGGUGGUAAUUGAUCACUGAAAUUCAUCCUUUGCUAAUGCUACUCACAACAAUGUCAAUGUCAU